UACAAUGACGACGUGGUGACGUUUUGUAGCACGUCGAUGCGGUAGUGAGAGCAGACUCAUGAAGCGGAGUUGGGGGGAGCGAAACAGAGGUUCCAGCAGCCGAGUAUUUCACAAAACACCCCCGUUCCCCUCGCAAUCCGGGCUGCUGGACUGUGGGAUAGCCCGAGGCCGCUGACCAACAUGGGGAACGCAGAUAGCGGCUGCGCAGGGGCGAGCGGCGAUGAGGAGGAGAUGGAGGCCGGCAGUUCCAGCUUUGUGGGAGCCAGCCCGGCCUCUGGGAGCCCCGGUGCUGGCAGUGGCUCCGGGGGAGUGGGAGUGGGAGUGGGAGGGAGAACGCAUUCUUACCUGGGACCAGGUAGUGGGCUCCCUCCCCCCGAGGCCCUGCUCGAGCAGGUGAAGCUGAGGGACGCGGCAGUCCGUAUGAGAGACUCCGGGGCCGCCGUGUCCGAGUCGGUGCUUGCCCGGAACGAGAGCGCCCUGGUGCGCUGGCUGGAGGAGAGGCUGAGCCGCGGUGAGGAGUCCGUCACACUGGAGCAGUUUUGCGAGAUGCUGGAAGGCCGACCUGCGGCUAGAGACGAGUGCGAGGAGGCGUUUGGCCAGUUUGACGCUGAGGGUGAUGGUGUUGCUGAUGUUGAGAACAUGCUGAUGGCGCUCAAGAACUCCAAUGGAGCCAAUCUGCAGGGGGAGCUCAGCCAUGUAAUCAGGCAGCUGCAGGCCUGUUCGCUCACUCCAGGGUUUGUUGAUAUAUUUUCCAAGUCAAAAGAUCGCCUGGCGUUGCACAACACUAAAAUCCUGAGGUUUCUCCAUCGGAACAGAAUCCCCAGCAAUGCCAUCCCAUUCCCAGUGCUGGAAGGCUACAAUAAUAUUUGCACAAUGAGAUCAUCAGUAGUGCAGGACUUCUUGGAUUUCCUUCUGCAAAAAGAAAACGAUUUGAAUAUUGAGAACACAGGGGAGCUGAUCUGCGACCCUGAGCUGGACAAAGUGAAAAUUGUCACAAAGUGUUACAGCGUCAUAGAAACGUCAUCCAACUCUGCUGAUAUUGACAAAAUGACCAAUGGGGAGACUGUGUCUUUCUGGCAGUCGGAUGGUAAUGCCCGCUCACACUGGUUAAGGUUAAGGUUGAAACCUGAUGUGGUUUUGAGACGCUUAAUGAUUGCAGUGGCAGCUAAUGACCAGAGUUACAUGCCCCAGCAGGUGACUGUAGCUGUUGGGAGAAAUCCUAGAAGCCUACAGGAAAUCCGGGAUGUCCACAUUCCCAGCAACGUCACAGGAUAUGUAACUCUCCUGGAAAACGCUAACGUUAGCGCCCCCUUUGUUCAGAUUAACAUCAAGCGUUGCCUCAGCGAUGGAUGUGAUACCAGGAUCCAUGGGCUCAGGACUGUGGGGUAUCAGAUAAUGAAAAACAAGGGCGUGUCUGUGUCUGAUGCCUCUGCUAUCUGGUACCUGUCUUUACUGACCUCGCUGGUGACUGUAUCCAUGGAGUCCAACCCUGUGCUGGUACAGACUGUGCUGCAGAACACGCAGAAGGCUUUGCAGCACAUGCCCCCGCUCUCCUUGACUCCAGGAUCUACGGAGUUUCCCAAAUUCCUUUCACCUAACGUUCUGGAGGAAGUGGAUGCGUUUCUUAUGAGGAUUGCAGACUGCUGUGUCACUCCUGAAGCAGAGCUGACGUUGCUGGCCUUUUCCCUGGCCAGAGGGAGCGUUGCCAAAGUAAUAACAUCCCUGUCCAGCAUCACUGACCACCUUGAUACGGAGUACAAGGCCUCCACUCUGCUUGCUUCAAUGGCAUUAGUGAGACUCAAACUUCUGUAUAAAUACGGAAAGGCCAUACAACUGCAGCUGCAAGCAUGUGAUGUGAAGGGGAAGGAGGAGAAAUCAGGGCCUGAAAACAUACUGGUGGAGCCCUGCACUGGGGACGGUUUUCUUACUGAAACUGGAAAGACAAGAGCCAGCAUUAUCUUGUCAACGGGAAAUGAAAUGAGCUUACAGGUCACCCAGAUUAGGAUCAAAGUCCGUAAAGGACCAAUUGGUGCCAAGUGCGGGCUAGUGUUUGCAUAUAACGAUAGAGCUGGAAAAUUUGAUGCAGAACAGCACUUUAAGAGAUUUGAAAAGUAUGACACCUGGGGUCUUCAUGAGUAUAGACAAUUUUUAAAAAACAGCAGUGGCCAGAGCUCAGAACUGGGUGAGGAUGACCCUGUUAGUUGGUUUGAGUUAGAUGACGAAUGCAAUGAUGUGGAGAUCAAACUGCAUCAGUGUCGUACCACGAAGUACGUGAUGGUGAAGUUUUUAUGCGCCAGGCAAGAUACAGCAGAGCGUCUGGGGGUCCAGCAGCUGAGUGCCAGUGGCUACUUGCGGGAAGUUGCAGACAGUGAAGACAGCGAGGCUCUGACCCUGAUGGGGGAUAAGGCAGAGGGGGUCCUCGUGAGUGGGGUGACACUCCUCCAGAAGACACUCUACUUCAUUCAGCAGCUUGCGCAGGACAUGGCACUGCAGAAAGAGACCAUGUUUAAGCAGAGGCUACUUCUGGAUUUCAGUGACCUCAACCUGCAGCUGUUCUGGAGCUUUUACAAUAAACUAAGAAAGAACUUGGGGGAAGAGGCUGUUAAGGCACAGGUGUUACUGCUGCAGCUCCUGCAGAACUGUUUCCCAGUGCUGUCAACUUCUGAAUUGCAUGUGAAACAGCAAAACUCAAACAACAAGGGGACUGGCCAAAUGGAGGCAGUGCAGGAACUCUACAGACACCUCUGCGAGGUAGUGGAUGGUCCAGAAGGGGACUCCGCUGUUAUGAAAUAUCUAAAGAAAGAAGCCAUUACUACAGUCCUGAACGGAGCAGCCAUCUUCUUCCCAGACCGGCAGACCAGGAGGAAUCAGCUCUUUGCUAUGAUGAAAAAUAUCACCGAGCAGGAUCAGCCAGAGUCUGUCACGCUGACUUUUGAGUCCCUGUGCAAUUACUUCAGUGAUCAAGACCCCACUGGGUUGUUGCUGUUGCCUCCCAAGGGCGCUCCUUCUGGUUUUGAGAUCUCUCAGAUUCUGACAGUCAUGGACACCUUGCUAUUGGUAGCAACUCGAGAGUGUGAGAUGAUGAUGAUGGUGGAAGUCUCCCGGGGGGAGAGUCGAAAGGUCCUGUUCUCCCUGUUCUGGGCUCUGCAGGGCAGUCUUCUCUCCUGGUGCUACCUGCAGCUCAAAGGAGGGUUUCCUACCUCAGCGUCUCUCGCCAAUGAAAUCCUUGUGAAAUAUGUCGAGCAGUUCCUGUCCAGCUCCCACUCCACCUUGGCUUCCCUGCUAGCGAAGCACAGUGGGAAGGAGAUCGUGGAGAGACUGAACAACUCUGUUCUGGCCAUGGCGACAAGGCAGCUGGUAAUCUUUCUGCUGGAGUUUUGUUCCUUAGAUAUCCCUCACUGCAACCUCCUGAGAACAUCUGCCUCCUUCAUAGAAUUAUUCAAGCGCCUGUGCAGUGAAACUGAAGACAGUUUUACCAAGAUGGAUGUGGAGAAUUGCCAGCAGCCUCAGAAGCCUGUGCUGCUCCGUACCUGGAAUCUGGAAUCUCCUCACAACUAUGAGAACAACAGACACGAAACCACCACUUUCCUGUGUCCUGGAGCUACCUCUUUCGAGGUGGAGUUUGAUGAAAGAUGUGAAACAGAAAAGAGGUAUGACUACUUGGAGUUCACAGAUUCCAGAGGAGGAAAAAUCCGCUAUGACAUGAAGGUUGGCACAGAGAAGUGGCCCAAGAAAGUGACCUACAAGGCAGGUCCUCGCCUGCAGUUUCUGUUCCACUCUGAUAGCAGUAACAAUGAGUGGGGCUACAAGUUCACAGUGACUGCUUACGGCCUGCCUGACAUCACGAUGUCCUGGGCCUCCGAUUUACAGCUGCUUGUUUCCAGGCUCAUGGGUCGCCUGGCUUCUCGCACAAUGGCCCUGAAAUCCCCUUAUGAGAUCAGGUGUGUCAAAGAGCUACCCCCUGGAAAAUCUGCCCUUGUUCUGAACUCCCCACUGUGGAAAACUGUCUUUAAGCACGGGCUGUGCACAGAUGUCAGCGCCUCAGAAGCUGUGAUAAAUGACAAGAUCUCACAAACAGUAGACACAGCAAAGGUGCAUGCCUCUCCUGGUGACGAGCUCAAAUGUUUUCUUAUCGAAUUUGCCAGAUGGGAUCCUUCCCAGGAUGCCUCUGAUCCCAGGACAGAGCUCAUGAAAUGGCUCAUGCAAGCCUGCAAGAAGCAGCCGCCCAGGAAUGAGAUAGCUGGAGGGUUAAAGGUCGACCAGGCUGUCAAUGCCAUCUUUGCCUCAAUGGUGUAUCACACCCCUGCCCUGCACAGAGCACUGAUGAACUAUGUUUCUUGCGGGGGUCAGGCUGCUCUCAGUGAGGAGUUUGUACAGGUGUAUGCGCUGGCUGAGGGCUUCAGAACCUGGAUGCUUGAAAUGAAGCAAAAGUACCUGGUUGGAAAAAUUAAUAAAACUGAUAAGCAAGAGGUAGAUCCCAGCGAGGUGAACAUGGAAUCCCUUGCUCUCACUUGCAUUGAAAAGAGCCUUCUCCUUUUUAAAUUCAACCACAGUGGAACUCUGAAACAACAUGACAAAGUCAAGAAUGAAGCCCUGGACUCCAGAGAUGAAAGAAACGGAAGAGCUGUGCUUACGCGCCAGAGAUCAGUCUCCAUAUCCGAGGGGGAUUUCCAGGCUAGCCCUUCUGCAUCAUCACUUCCAGCUGAGGCAGCUGUCAGGGACCCUGAAGCAAGACAGCAAAGCCAAUCGAAAGAGCCCAGCGCCACGUCAAAGCCUCUGACUGCAGAUCCCAGCCAAGGAGUGGCAUCUGCAGUCCCUCUCAUCACAGCCUCCUCAGACAGCGCUCUGCCUCAGCAAGGGGAUCCAUCCUCUCCUUCCACGCCAACCCGCAAAUUACCUUUCAGCAGGGGGCGCCUGAGACUGCUGUCCUUCAGAUCCAUGGAGGAGGCGAGGGUAGUCCCUUCCAUCAAGGAGAAGUACCCCAUCUUGAAGCACAUCAGUGACUUUAUGAAGGAUCAAGCAAUCUGCCAGUCAAAUGUUCUACAAGUUCUUGAGCUGAAGAAAACGCAGGCACAGAGUGUGUGUGAGGUGCUGAGGAUGGUGUGCCAGUGUUUGGAUUCCCUUGGAAGACCUCACCUUUUUCAGGCCCCCUGCAUUCUAUUCUUGCAGGAGCUCCUAGCAUGUCAGAAGGACUUCACGAGUUAUUUUAGACACCUGGAUGGUUGUGGAAAGCAGUUGCGGGAGGAGGUGAGGCAGUCCUUCUACCAGCUUGUGCUGCUGCUGUUGAAUGCGGUGCAGACCUUCAACAACCUGCAUGACAAGACUUUGCUUCCUGCUCUGUCCUGUGUGCAAACCUGCCUGCUGCACCUCUUAGAUAUGAGUUGGGAAGUGCAGGAUCUCUCCUUGUUCAUUGAUAUUAAACUGCCAGACCUCCUCCUGACCAUGUCCCAGGAGAACAUCAGCGUCCACGACAUUGCAAUCAGCCAGUGGACGGAAGAUGAUGAGAUUGCGGACUAUGAGCGCAACAUGGAGUGGAUGGAGGAAUGUCAGGAUGGGAUGUUUGAGAGGUGGUACGACAAGAUUACUCAGGCAGCCCCAGAAGACAAAAGAAAGAUGCACAUGUUUAUUGCACGAUACUGUGACCUGUUGAAUGUUGAGAUCUCGUGUGACGGAUGUGACAAGAUCGCUCCCUGGCAUCGCUUCCGCUGUCUGCAGUGUAUGGACAUGGACCUGUGCAAAACCUGCUUUUUAAGUGGUGCCAAACCUGAAGGGCAUGAGGAUGACCAUGAAAUGGUUAACAUGGAAUAUGCGUGCGACCAUUGCCAGGGGCUGAUUGUGGGCAGUAGGAUCAACUGUAAUGUCUGUGAUGAUUUCGAUCUUUGCUUUGGGUGCUAUAAUGCAAAGAAAUACCCAGACUGCCAUUUGCCAACCCACCGAAUCAAAGUGUUUCCAAUGGUUACUAUUCGGAUCAGUGACCGUCACAGACUCAUUCAGCCCUACAUCCAUAACUACUCCUGGCUGCUGUUUUCUGCCCUGGCCCUUUACACAUCAGACCUAGCCAGCGAGGGAGAAGUGGAAGGAGAAAGGCUGGACUCCAGUACUCUUGCUAGUGCCACAAACCUGCAAACCCGCUGCACGGAGCUCAUUGCAGACUGCCUGCUUAAAGGGCAAAAUGGAAAAAGUCUGAGGGCCUCGGCACUCCUGUCUCUGCUCUCUCCCAACGAGCCGGUGUCCAAGAGUGAUGUGUGUCCUGUGAGCACCACCAUAGUGGAGAGCAGUCAGGAGCUGAGCACCAGCGACACCUCCGCUCCUCCAGGGGGCAGCAGUACUCCUGUGAAUUCACUACCACUGUCAAAAGAGGAGACAUGCAGAGUCGGUGCUCGUGUCCUGAAGGCAGGUUCAGGGUCUGAGGGCUCCAGCAAUGACAUCAUCAAGCAGAAAGCACUGGUUCCACAGGAUACUCUGGAUUCCAAGAGCUUCAGUCAAACCCCCUCUGUGUCUAAUGAAGAGGCAGCAUCCCCAACCAUGAGAGUUUCUGAUUCUAGCCCUGAAGAAGCUGCUACAGAUUCAUCCCAGGGCAUUUCCCUAAAGCAGGAGGACAGGGCGACCAGGGUCCCUCUUCAGGAACAUGUGUUUGCGGAGUGCUCAAGAGAGAGGAUCCUGGGUCUGCUGGCUGCUAUGUUACCUCCAGCUAAACCGGGCUCCACCAUCUCUGUGUUCAACCUGAGGCAGACCCUCCCCUUGCUGUUUCAGGUGGUGAUCUCCAACGCAGGCUGCCUGAACGAGACCUAUCACCUGACCCUGGGGCUGCUGGGCCAGCUUCUGCUGCGGAUCACGCCUGCAGAUGCAGACCGCGCCGUCACCGAGGCGCUUGCUGACAAAUACUCGCUGCUGGCCCUGGGAGAGGGGACUCCUGACACACAGGGCUGGAAGACCACGCAGCUCCUAUUCAGUCUGGGGGCAGUGUGCCUCGAUAGCCGGAUUGGUUUGGACUGGGCAUGCUCUGUGGCUGAUAUUCUCCGGGAUUUGAAUGCCUGCCCUCAGUGGUGCAACGUGAUUUCAGCCUUCACUGAUCACUGUGUGAAGCAGUUACCCCUUCAGCUCAAACGCACCAACCUCUUCACUCUGCUGGUUCUCGUUGGAUUCCCAGAGGUGUUGUGCAUGGGAACACACUCCGUCUUCAUUGAUAACGCCAAUGAGCCUCACAACAUGACCAUACUCAAGCACUUUACUGAGAAAAACCGGGCUGCAGUGGUGGACGUCAAAACUCGCAAGAGGAGGACAGUGAAGGACUACCAGCUAGUACAACUCCAUGGGCAUGGACAGCCAGAGCCUCAGUCCCUGCAGCAAGCUCCAGCCCAGUCUCACGUCAACCACUACUUCCAGAACUUUGUGUCCAUCACCAGCCAGCUCCUGCAGACCAGCCUGGACAGCAGUAGCACGGAGGCUGUGGAGGCAAGCUGGGUCCUGGCCCUGGCCCUGAAGGGCCUCUACAACACAUUGAAGAAGCAUGGUGUACAGGAAGCCCAGGCAGCUGUACUGCGGUCCGGACUGAUUAAACUUCUGGUGCGAAAAUGCAGCAAAGGCACAGGCUUCAGUAAGAUGUGGCUUCUGCGGGACCUGGAAAUUCUGUCUAUAAUGCUGUACUCCUCCAAGAAAGAAAUCAACUCGAUGGUGGAGGAGGACACAGAGAAUGAGGAGAAGGAGCGGGAGCUGGACUCGGAUCACUCCAGCAGCUGUAUGGAUGAGCAGGACCAGAACAAGCCUGAUCCCCUGGAGGGACUGGAUGAAGAAACCAAAAUCUGCUUCCAGAUCACUCACGAUGCCCUCAAUGCCCCUCUGCACAUCCUGCGCGCCAUGUACGAGCUGCAGAUGAAGAGAACAGACUCCUUCUUCCUGGAAGUGCAGAAGCGAUUUGACGGGGAUGUGAUUACAACAGACGAGACAAUCCGUAACCUGGCGCAGAAGUGGCAGCCAGGCAAGUGCCCCCGCUCAGAGGAGAGGAGCACCAAGGCUGUGGACACUGACAUGAUUGUUGUCCCUUGUCAGUCCAAACCAAGCCGCUGUGAAAACGCUACUGAAGAGACCAACCUUCUGAGCCAGAAGCUGAUCACCAGCACAGAGAGUGACCUGCAGCUCAGCUAUGCCAAGCAGCGACGCACCAAGAGCUCCACGCUGCUACACAAGGAACUGGACGCCCGCAGCAACAAGUCUGUGCGGCAGUACCUGUUCAAGGUGAAUGAGGCCAUCGGCAUCCUGUACGCACGCCACGUGCUGGCUUCCCUGCUGUCAGAGUGGCCGAGCGACGUGGCCGUCACAGAGGACGUCCUGGAGCUCAGCGGAGCCUCGCACAUGGCUUACAUCCUGGACAUGCUGAUGCAGCUGGAGGAGAAGCAGCUCUGGGAGAAGAUCUUGCAGAAGGUGCUGCAGGGCUGCAGUGAGAGUAUGCUGGACAGCCUGUCUCUCACAGCCUGUCAGUUCAUGGAGGAGCCUGGGAUGGCUGUGCAGGUCAGGGAGUCCAAACACCCAUAUGACAACAACACCACCUUUGAGGACAAGGUCCACAUCCCCAGUGCAGUUUACCUGUCCAUAAAGUUUGACUCUCGGAGUCACACAGAGGAGGGCUGCGAUGAGCUGCUGAUGUCCAGUAGCAGUGAUUUCCUACAAGAUCAUCACAACUUCAGCGGAUCCUCCCAAAAAUGGACAGAUUUUGAAAUCCCAGGAGACACGCUGUAUUACAAAUUUACCUCAGACAUGAGCAAUACAGAGUGGGGAUACAAGUUUACCGUAACAGGGGGUCAUCGAGGAAGAUUUCAGACAGGGUUUGAGAUUUUGAAACUGAUGUUAGCGGAUGAGCGAGCAGUCCUCCACCUGCCUUUGGCUGACAUCUGGGAGUGGCAGGUGGGCGUGGCCUGCAGGCAGACCGGAAACCUGCGACUGAAAGCCAUUCAUUUACUGCUGAGAAUACUGAUGUGCAAAUCUGAUGGUGGCUGUGACCUGACCUUGCUGAGGCCGUUGUGGCAGCUCUUUACCACCAUGGAGAGCAGCCUGUGCCAGGAUCCCACCAGUAUUGGCGUUCUCCUUCCUCUGCACCGGGCACUGACGGAGCUCUUCUUCACUGCAGAGAGCAGGGCCAUGCAGCAGGGCAUCCUCCAGGAGUACCUGGUAGCGUUGACCACGGAUCAGCAACUCCAUGUCCACACAGUGCAGGCACUGAAGAACAUCGCUGCCAUUAGCCUCGCCAUCAAUUACCCAAAUAAAUCAACAAAACUGUUGAGUGUGUCACCUUAACUUGAGAACAUCUGCAGAGCUUCGUGGAGGACUCAAAGGGCCUGGGAAAUGAUGCACCCUUGACUGUCUGUCUUCCAGCAAAGCUGACCUUGAAAGAGGGAGACAGUGUCCUGUCUGUGUGGAGCGGUGCAUUUCAUGCUGAAAUGAAUCAGCAACGUACUCCUGGAAAACGGGAUUAAAACAGAAGAGCUCUAGAAUUGAAAUCAUUUCCUUUCUUUUCAUACUUGAAGAAGGUGUUUUGUUUUUUUUAACCCUUUUGCAGAGCCAGAACCAUAAUGUGGCUUAUUAAUCAUUUGCAGUUCCUCAAUAAUCCAACUUUAUAUGCCAAAUAUAAUUUUAUCAUGAU